AUAAUUCAAUCUUUGGAAACUCCGCUCCAUCUUCCUUCUCUUCGCCAUUUAUAUCGUCCCCACACACCCCUCUCCCCCAAAAUAUGAUUCUUCGUUUCCGUCAUUUUUCACGACCAUGACGCGCACAGCGGUAAUGCCUCUAAAUGCCCCAUCAUGCACGCUCAACAACAGGCGCAGAACUAACGGCAAGCUCGACGAUCAUACUCAGAGCCAGAGAGACAUGGAGAAGAAGGAAAAAAGAGCGUCGUUCAUGGCGUGGACGGCGGAUGAUGUCUUGCGCGUGGCGAAGUUCCAUUGGGUGCCUUGUUUGUUCGGGUUGGGGCUGCUGUUCUUCAUGGGCGUGGAGUACACCCUGCGGAUGGUCCCGCCGUCCUCGGCUCCCUUUGAUAUUGGGUUCGUGGUCACAAGCCCACUCCAUCGCCUGCUCGCCGCGCGGCCUGACCUCAACACCUUGCUCGCCGCUCUUAACACGGUGUUCGUGGGGAUGCAAACAACGUAUAUACUAUGGACGUGGCUAAUAGAGGGCCGCCCAAGGGCGACAAUCUCGGCGCUCUUCAUGUUCACUUGCCGGGGAAUUCUAGGUUACUCCACGCAGCUUCCAUUGCCUCAGGGUUUUUUGGGGUCGGGGGUGGACUUUCCGGUGGGAAACGUGUCGUUCUUCCUAUUCUUCGGGCAUGUGGCGGGUUCAGUGAUUGCGUCGCUAGACAUGCGGCGAGUGCAGAGGUGGGAGUUGGCAUGGACAUUUGACGUGCUUAAUGUUCUUCAAGCCGUGAGGUUGCUGGGCACUCGGGGUCACUAUACCAUUGAUUUGGCCGUCGGGGUCGGCGCCGGAAUUCUCUUUGAUUCCCUUGCUGGAAAGUACGAAGAGAGCAAAAGAAAAUCAGCAAUUCCUGCCAUACUCCUAUGACCGACAAAUUAAAGGCUCGCUUAAUUUACGUGAUGUGAUUAACUAUAUGGAAAACUAUUUGGCGGUGGAUUAAAAAGAAAAUACUGUGAAAGCGCUGUUGGAAUCUCAAAAAGGCAAUGAGAAAUGCUUUGCGUGCGCGCAACCCAAGUACUUGAUGGAAGGCAUGUCAAGCAUGUAUGAGACGCGUUAAAAAUUCAGUCCCAUCCAAAUGUGAUUCAAGGAAUGUAUACAUUUUUAACUUGAAACGCUAUCUUCUACCCCUAUCCUAAUUUCAUCGAGUGUUGUGUUGAAAGUACAUCAAGCCUGUCGUGGCAGAUCAAAUGGUUGGAAGUAGGGACCGUAAGAUGAUUGUAGUUCAACCACCUGUAUUAAUUUUAAUAGUCAGAUUUCAAAUUUAUCUCAACUCUUCUUAUUUA